GCAAAUAAAACCAUAGCAAUAGUAGGUAAAUAAAGAACAUACCAUUGAUUAACAUCUCAUUAUGCAUUCACAUUUGGAUCCCUAACCAUAACCAUAACCAUAAUCAUAACCAUAACUAGUUUCUCUCUCUCUCUCUCUCUCUGUUUUUUAUUCUCUUUUCCCAAAGCACUCUUACUUCUCUUCCAUUACAAUUUACAAAGCCUUAUUACCGUUACCCAAUCCCAACGGCUUUCGAAACAUGUAAACCAACCAACGCACGAAGAAUGCAAGACACGCUGCGCACUCUCUCCGACGACAAGGACGCUCCGCCGCCGCCCUGCCGCCGCCCCCCGCGCCGCGUGUCUCCGGGCGCGGUGGAGCGCUCCCUCCCCAACGGCGACCUCUACUGCGGCACCCUCUGCGCCAACGCCCCGCACGGCGCCGGCAAGUACCUCUGGUCCGACGGCUGCAUGUACGAGGGGGAGUGGCGCCGCGGCAAGGCCUCCGGCAAGGGCCGCUUCUCCUGGCCCUCCGGCGCCACCUACGAGGGCGACUUCGCCGCCGGCAAGAUGCACGGCCACGGCACCUUCGUCGGCGCCAACGGCGACACCUACCACGGCGCCUGGCUCUCCGACCGGAAGGAGGGCUUCGGCCAGAAGCGCUACGCGAACGGCGACGUUUACGAAGGUUGGUGGAAGUGCAAUUUGCAAGAGGGGGAAGGAAGGUACACGUGGAGGAACGGUAAUGAGUAUUUUGGUGAGUGGAGGAAUGGUUGUAUAUCUGGUAAGGGCGUGCUGGUGUGGAGGAACGGGAACCGUUACCAAGGGUUUUGGGAGAACGGGGUUCCCAAGGGCAAGGGAACGUUCACGUGGCGCGAUGGGAGCGUUUCCAAUGGGAAUUGGGGGAAGGAGUUUGUCAUCGAGAAAAGAGUGUCGGUGGAUGAUGCUUCUAACAAGAGUGUCACUGUGAGUUUUCCCAGGAUUUGUAUUUGGGAGCUUGAUGGUGAGGCUGGGGAUAUUACUUGCGACAUUGUUGAAGCUUCUGUGUUUUGCGGUGGCGGAGGGUGUGAGAGUGAGACUGAUGAUGUGCGCUUCAACAAGAGUCCUUGUGGCUCUGUUGAUGGGGAUGCUAAGAAGAAGCCUGGUCAUGCUGUUUCCAAGGGGCAUAAGAAUUAUGAUUUGAUGCUUAAUCUUCAACUGGGUAUUAGGUACACUGUUGGGAAGCAUGCUUCGGUUUUGACAGAGCUUAGGCCUGGGGAUUUCGAUCCCAAGGAGAAAUUCUGGACGAGAUUCCCACCGGAGGGUUCUAAGUUUACACCGCCACAUCAGUCAGUGGACUUCAGGUGGAAAGAUUACUGUCCCAUGGUGUUCAGACAUCUAAGGGAAUUGUUUGGGAUAGAUCCUGCGGAUUACAUGCUUGCUAUUUGCGGCGAUGACACACUGAGGGAGAUGUCUUCUCCGGGUAAAAGUGGAAGCUUCUUUUACCUCACUCAAGAUGACCGGUUCAUUAUCAAGACCUUGAAGAAGUCUGAGGUCAAGGUGCUCAUCAGGAUGCUUCCAAGUUACUAUCAACAUGUUUGUCAGUACAAGAAUUCCCUGGUGACGAAAUUUCUGGGAGUUCAUUGUGUCAAACCUAUUGGAGGUCAGAAGACUCGAUUUAUUGUGAUGGGCAAUGUGUUUUGUUCGGAGUAUCGGAUCCAUAAGCGGUUUGACCUCAAAGGUUCUUCUCAUGGUCGCACAACUGAUAAACCCCGGGAGCAGAUUGACGAGACUACCACUCUUAAAGACCUUGAUCUUUGUUUUGUCUUCCGCCUGGAACAGUCUUGGUUUCAGGAGCUUAAAUGGUACAGU